AGUACUCGUUCUUACAGAGGAUGCUGUCAGAUUGAGUUAUUGUUAGACCUUCAGGACCUGCAAAAGGAAAUACAUUCUAUGAAUUUACUCUGAAUAACUCCAGCAAAUAAUUAUUUAUAUUUACCAGCACCUCCUGACAAUUAGCCUUACGACAUUACAUCUUUAAAUCAGGUAGGACACGUGAAGCAGAGGAAGUCUCUCUUGUCCUGAUGAAACCUGUUUGUCCUGAGGGUCAGUAACGUGUGGAGCACGUGUGUAGUUUAAUAAUCAUUUAGCCUGGCGUAUCUGGAGGCUUGACGUGUCAAAUGAUCCUUUAAUCGGGAAGCAAGAAAAACAAUUUCACACACGACUGACUUGACAAUAAAACAGCACACACCAAACAGUCAAAAUAAGGUAGGAGUUAGAAUGCAGUAACAGUCAUCUGCGGAGAUAAUGACCAGAUUGUUGUCGGAAUACACGCAGACUGGUGCGCUAUUUGUUAGAUUACUGCCUCCUCGUCGAAUGUUGGAACAGUAUAUAAACAUAAAAUGGCUCAAAGAAAAAUGAAAGGCUAUAAUUGCUGAAUAAUGCCAAAGUGCUGAACUUCACAGCUCCGCUUCCUAACUGUCUAAAACAUAUGUUGAAUAAGAAAAAUGUGCUUCAAUGCACAGUGUUGAAACCUUCCUGCUGCGAUACUUCAACCAUGAUUAUUUGAUGAAAGCGCAAGGUCUCAGUUUCGGUCUCUGCUGUUCUGCACCUGACCUGACGUGCUCAAUAAUUCAGCAGGCCGGGGAAGAAUGGAUGAAGUCUCUACACCGUACUGCGAGCGCCGACGGCAGGGUGUUCGUACUUCUCAAGCCAGGCGUAUAUCAUCAAAAACAACCUCUGAGGAAACAUGGAGGAGUGCUCGAAGAAGACAGGGCCGAGACACGAGGGUAAGCCGAGGAAGGUGAGGUUCAAACUGGCGUCGUCGUACAGCGGCCGCGUGCUGAAGCACGUCUACGAGGACGGCCAGGAACUGGAUAGUCCUGAGGAGAAGUACCCUCACAGCUUCAUCCACACAAAGAUCCCUCAGCACCUGGACGUAGAGCAGCUUUGCAGCUUUGAGGAGGUCCAGGGUGAGGAUGUAGGUCCUCCUACGGGACUUAUAGCCCAGCGCAUCAACGUGUACCGAGCAGUGAGUGGCUUCAGACCGUUAACAUCUAGCGAUCAACAAGGUGAAAAAGCGCCAGUUUUAGACUUCGAAAAGAUCAUCAUCUAUACCAGCAACCUGAAGAUCAUCCGAUCUCCUAGUAAAAAAGCUGAGAGUGGUGUAAGCUACCAUCACGGUCGGGGAGAAGGACGAGAGGUUUCUCCAGGCCGUGAGCCCAGAUCCAAAGGGCGACACAGAACAAAAAGUGUCCGUAAGGAGGAACGAUGUCCUGCUCCUGAGGAAGAGGAAACAGGCGGCUGUGAGCAGUGUGGAGGUUCGGGUACCGCUCCGUGUUCCCUGUGCCAUGGUAGUAAGCUUUCCAUGUUGGCCAACCGCUUCAACGAGUCUAUCCGAGAGUUACGCUGCCCGGCCUGCGAUCCCCACGGCUUAGAGCCAUGUCAGUCGUGCGUCCAGUAGACUUUUACAUACUGUGCAGUUCUAACGAAGGCCCUGGACUGUUAUUAUGGACAGUAUGACGAGGUCUGGCAUUACAAGAUGGAACCUGAGUGUGGAGUUCUGACCAGGAAUCAUAUUUAAUAAUGAUGAUAAGAGAGAAAUGUUUUAAGAAUCCAUUACUGUGAUGAAGAAAACAUUGAGGAGAGAAACUGACCUGAAUCAGACCUGAACUUAUCGUCAGCACGAGGUUCUGUGUGUCAGGGAUUCAUAUAUAUUAAGUCUUAAAUGAUAUUUACCUUAGAAUACCUUUACCUAAAAUAUUUGCUUUGUUGUUCCGAAAGUGUCACCUGUCCCAGGAGGUGAUUUUGUUACGUAUCGGGAUGGAAGGACAGUUUUGGUUUUCUCAUGAGAGAUGGACGUGAUCGCAUAUUUGGCCAAUAAAUAAAUAAAACGCAAUCUAUUGUUAUCUUCUUUUAAUAUGACCGUAGGGAUGUUGUGUACUAAUAAAGAUUUUCACCCUGAGAGAAUUCCUACUGAGAUUUACUUUAGGAUCUGAUCUCUCGCAGCGUUUAUUUGUGUUCAUUCACGUCUGUGGGUUUUCAUUAAACUAUUAGAUUAAUUCUUUACGAAGACGAGCUGCAACUGUCCCGUCAAGCAGUAAGGCGUUAUAUGGUUUGUAAGCUUGGUUUAGCUGUCAAAAAACCACAAAUCAUCUGAAGAGUAGAAGAUGAAUCACUGGAUUAUAUUCCUUUAUUCCAACGUCAGAUCUAGAGCAGUCGAUCACAAGGACUCUGUUUUAUCUGGUUUUAUAGUUUGCUAACAUUUGCAACAAUCCCAGCAACGCCCCGACCAACCUGUGCACCUGAGAAGGUGAUCCGCUGCUCUGUGU